GUCAACGCCUCUGCACGGCCCCCGUCUCGUAUUCCCACGAUGGCAUCGUCCAAUUUUCUUAGCCUUUUCUUCCAAGCCUUUCCCUGUAAUACACGACUUUUUGGGUAUUGAAGUCCUUGUUUCAUAAUACAUCCCGACAUGUCGGCAAGUUAUGGAUCACUACACCAUCACUCUCAUCAUUGUCACAAUACCUCUCAUUUUUGCUCCCUAUUGGCAUCACAGACAUGUGACAUCAAAGCUGGUUCGAGGCUCGGCGGACGAGGCCAAUCGACUUGAUAUGAUCGACGAUGAGAUCCACGAUAUUGAUCAUGAGUCCACUGGUGACAGAUAUUAUAACUUCCGCAACCAGUUUCUGUGGGUUUAUGGUCUGGCGAUGGCUGCAGAAUGGCUUCAGGCAUCUUAUUUAUACAGCUGUCUGAAGAAUACCCAUAAACUAUCAGAGCCUGUCAUCGCGACUCUCUUUGCUACCGGCUUUGUCUCCGCUGGAAUAGGCGCUAUCUUCGUGGAGUCGCUGGCGGAUAAGUAUGGCAAAAGGUUCAUGUGCCAAUGCUACUGUGUGGUUUACUCAGUUUCCUGUGUCGCCAUGCUCAGCGGGAAUAUACUGCUGUUGCUUGCGGGAAGAGUUUUGGCCGGACUUUGCACUACCUUGCUGUCCUCGGUGUUUGAGAGUUGGAUGACCGCUGAGUAUAAACGACAAGGAUUUGGUGACCGUGGGACUGCUUUGAGCACGAUAUAUAGCAUGAUGGCUGUGACAAAUGGCUUUGUCGCUGUUGGAAGUGGCAUCGUAGCUCAAGCGGCCGUGAAUGCCUUGGGCUCACAUACUGCCCCCUUCUUACUGAGUGUCGUCUGUCUAAGCUUGGCACUGAUGGUUAUCACUCGAUCUUGGGCCGAGAAUUGUGGCACACCAGGCAGGUCCCUGAUGGCCGAAACCUCAGGGAAAGCCAGCGCUAUCUCUCUUUUGAAAGACCCGAGUCUGCUUAUUCUCACACUGACCAUGUGCUUCUUCGAGGGCUCUAUUUGCGUUAUGCUUUACUCUUGGCCCCAGGCAAUCAUGUCAGCGCGAGCCCAUGAAAGGAUAUGGGCAAACCCUCCUUUCGGUACCAUAUUUGCGAGUCUCAUGGGUGCAAAGUCUCUGGGCUCUUUCACGUUCCUCUAUGCCUCGCGCGAGGCAAACUCGAUACAACUUUCAUCGCGCACAAUUCAACUUGCGUCAUCCAUCUCGGCCUCGGCUCUUCUGUUGACAAUCUUACUCCGAGACGAGUUGAGUCGUUUCUGGGCGUUUUGCCUCUUCGAGAUAUGUGUCGGACUGUACUAUCCGAGUAUGGCCUACUUGAGAGACCGGCUUCUUGAGGAGGAGCGACGAGGCCGAGUGUACGGAUUGAUGAGGGUUCCACUCAAUGUCUUCACCGUGAUGUGUCUGACUACUGUUAAUGAAGGAGAUGAAAGCCGUGAGAACAGGUUCAUCGUAUGCAGCAGCCUUCUUUUGCUUGGGGUUUUGUUAAUGUCUCGGUAUGCUCCUAAGCAAAGCAGAUCUUAUUAAAUAGGCAGCUAUUAUGCAUGAUACCUUCACCUAGAGCGAGCGUGUCGAUACCAUGAAUACGAUCUAAGACCCA